CGCUCCUGCCACCUCUUAGCAAAAGCGAGGCACUCUACUUACCGAAGCUACUCCGCCCGCCCCCACCACCUUGUCGAUCGGCGAGCGAGCGCCAUGGGCAACUGCCUGAACAAGGCGUCUACGCAGCAGCGGCGGCGCGGCCACGGCGAGAGGGUGGCGCCGGAGGUGAGGGAGGAGGAGGAGGAGCUCAGGAGCAUCGGCCAGGUGCUGCUGCAGGAGGAAGAGGAGGAGGAGGAGGUACCGGCGUCCGCGUCGCAGGCGGCCGGGAUGAAGGUGAAGGUGGUCCUGACGAGGGCGGAGCUGGAGUGGCUCAUGGCGCAGCUCAAGAGCGGCGAGCAGCGCCUCGAGGACGUCCUCCGCCAGAUGGGCAACGCCCGCGCCGACGACGACAAGCCGCCGCGCGCCGACGCCUGGCGCCCGCGCCUCGAGUGCAUCCUCGAGUGCCCCGAGCCUGCCGACGCCACCUAGCGCAACCUACACACGGCGCCCAGCCGGCCGUUCUCUCUUCUAUCCGGCGAUCAGAGCUUGAUCUCCUCCAUGGUGUACUAGCUUUCUUGCUCAGAUCCGCCCGUGUGCAUGCUGUGAUCCAUGGAGAGGCUUCUUGUUUUUGUGUUUCUCUCCAAAGGAUGGAUCCAUGGAUCGGAGUGGCUUGAUCUAGGAUGAACACCAACUGUACUAUGUAGCCCGUUAGAGCAGUAGCAGUAGCUUGAUCUCUCACCUCUCACUGGUGUUUGUUGUGCACUUGUGCUCGUAUGUGGGUUUUGCUCUGUCCGCUUGUUUUGGUUUUUCUUUUUCUUUUUCCUUUUCUGUUUUGUUUGUAAAUAGUGUGGCCUCAAACCAAAUGGCAACGUACCGUCCGCUGCAGUUUUGCAUCUCGGAUCGGACAUGAUCAGAUGUGACAAUUUUAGCUCU